AUGACGAAUUUAUGUGUUUACGUUGGUUUAUUGCUGUCUCUGCUGGUGGUAACCGGUCGGGCUCAUCUAAAUCUGUACCUCAACGAGAUCGAAGUCCAGAGAUUAUUAGGACUUUCCGCAGAAAUCUACUACGUCCGCGAGGGUCAGGUGAACGAGUAUGCUCUUCAUUUCACGGUUCCCGUUCCGGCGGAAGUUGAGGAGAUCUCAUUCACCUGGCAGAGCCUGGCCAAAAGGCCGCUUCCUUACCAGAUCAACAUCGUUUCGCCGGAUCCGAUCGCACUGCCGAAGCCCUCGAUGAAUAUCUCCCAGCAGGGUGAAAUCCCGGAGCAUAUCGAAACGUUUGCCAUCGGGCUGCGCUGCAGUGGACGAGAAACGGCCGAGGUUGACGUGACCAUAACGGUGGAAGUGACACUCGAUCGACUCACAGGAAACGCAACAGAGUUGGUGUUUCGACGGAAGAAGAUCUGCUUGAUGAGUGAACAUCCUGAUGCAAACCAACCGGAUCCUUACCUGCUAGAAAACGCGUCCAACGGUCAGAAUGGACUGAUCACGCUCAUCAUCGGCGGGAUUCUGGCGAUUCUUUUCGUGGCAACCAUCAUCUUGAUCGCGUACUGUGCCCAGGGAUCGUUCCGCCGAAAGCCACAACACGCUCAACCGAUCCGUACCUCCAGUUUCCAGUGCCUCCAACCACACGCUUCAUCGGCCCCCUCGUCGAUACUCUCACCAUCCUACGUUGUCCCCACGAUAGCAACCCUUUCCCGCACUCGAAUCUAUGCGAAUGCCGAACCAGAAGAACUGCAGCGACGCAUUUCCGAGCUGACCGUGCAACGCUGUCGGGUGCGCCUCUCCAGCCUACUUCAGGAAGGAACCUUCGGGCGAGUCUACCGGGGCAGCUACAACGACAGCCAGGAAGUGCUGGUGAAAACCGUCGGACCGCACGCGUCCCAAAUCCAGGUCUCGCUCCUCCUACACGAAGGCAUGAGCUUGUACGGUGCACAACAUCCCGGUAUCCUGUCCGUCCUGGGUGUCUCGAUCGAUGACCAUACGGCACCAUUCCUACUCUACCUCGCGCCAGAGAACUCGCGCAACCUGAAGAUCUUCCUCCAGGAACCGGUGGCCCGAACGCUGACCACGAUCCAGAUCGUCAAGAUUCAACUCCAGCUUGCACAAGCCCUAGGACACCUGCACAGCCACGGUGUGAUCCACAAGGACAUUGCGGCCCGUAACUGUGUAAUUGACGAUCAACUGCGAGUGAAGCUAGCGGAUAACUCUCUUUCGCGCGAUCUCUUCCCCGGCGACUACUACUGCCUCGGGGACAGCGAAAACCGACCGAUUAAGUGGCUCGCUCUGGAGUCGAUCCAGUACAAACAGUUCAGCGAAGCUUCCGACACGUGGGCGUUUGGUGUUCUCAUGUGGGAAUUGUGUACCCUGGCGCGACAGCCGUACGCAGAGGUCGAUCCGUUUGAGAUGGAACACUAUCUGCUUGAUGGCUAUCGGUUAGCGCAACCAAUCAACUGUCCAGAUGAGCUAUUCGCAAUAAUGGCCUACUGCUGGACGAUGCUACCGAUGGAGCGACCCUCGUUCGAACAGCUGCAGAUCUGUCUGCAGGAUUUCUACGCACAGCUGACACGCUACGUCUAGAGAUUGGGCAGCUCUGGUCAACGGUUCUACAUGUUUCUUACGCCAAACCGUCACCACCACACACAGAACGCCGGAUUCCGCUAUGAUCGCUAUUACUAGCCCUAGUAACGCCCCCAUUCCUCCAUCCAGUGUACAGUAUGUUUAACUAGUUGCAGAAAAUCAAUUCUAGGAUCAACGUUCAUAAUGAAGGCAGCCUAAUUGACGCCAUUGAAAAUGCUUCACGAAUGAUCACAAAACAAGACUGCGAAGGUUACAUUAUUAAAAUGGUGAAGUACACCACUAAUCACUUGAAGAAUGUGCCUUGUAUAGGGUUUAAGAUGUAUUUAAUAAUGUAAAAAUUAAUAGGAAAUGAAUUUUUGUUUUUUUCUGUUAUUUAUCAUUAUUUACAAAAAUCGCGAUGUUCCUAUGUUGUCCGUAAGUUUGAAUGUAAAUAUGAUAUGCAAC